AUGAAAAUUGACAUCCACACUCAUAUUCUACCAAAGGAAUGGCCCGAUCUAGAAAAGAGGUUUGGCUAUGGAGGCUGGGUGCAGCUCCAACAGCAAGGCAAGGGAGAAGCUAAGAUGAUAAAAGACGGGAAGGUCUUCAGAGUGAUCCAGCAGAAUUGCUGGGACCCGGAAGUUCGUAUCAGAGAAAUGGACCAGAAAGGAGUGACAGUGCAAGCUCUUUCCACAGUCCCUGUCAUGUUUAGCUACUGGGCCAAACCUAAGGAUACUUUGGAGCUGUGCCAGUUUUUAAACAACGACCUAGCUGCCACCAUUGCCAGAUACCCUCGAAGGUUUGUGGGUAUGGGGACGUUGCCUAUGCAAGCUCCGGAGCUAGCCGUCCAGGAGAUGGAGCGUUGUGUGAAAGAGCUAGGGUUUCCAGGAAUCCAGAUUGGCUCCCACAUCAACACGUGGGACCUGAAUGACCCGGAACUCUUCCCAAUCUACAGUGCGGCUGAGAGGCUGAAUUGUUCUCUGUUUGUGCAUCCCUGGGAUAUGCAGAUGGAUGGACGAAUGGCCAAAUACUGGCUGCCUUGGCUCGUAGGAAUGCCCUCAGAGACCACGAUGGCCAUUUGCUCCAUGAUCAUGGGCGGUGUGUUUGAGAAGUUUCCCAAGCUCAAAGUGUGCUUUGCACACGGAGGUGGUGCUUUCCCCUUCACCAUAGGAAGAAUUGCCCAUGGAUUCAACAUGCGCCCAGAUCUCUGUGCCCAGGACAAUUCAUCUGACCCCCGAAAAUACCUUGGCUCCUUCUACACAGACUCCCUGGUUCACGACCCUCUGUCUCUCAAGCUAUUGACAGAUGUCAUAGGAAAGGAUAAAGUCAUUCUGGGAACUGAUUACCCCUUCCCACUGGGCGAGCAGGAGCCUGGGAGGCUGAUAGAGUCUAUGGCAGAAUUUGACGAAGAAACGAAGGAUAAACUUACAGCUGGCAAUGCCUUGGAUUUUUUGGGUCUUGAGAGAAAACUAUUUGAAUGACAGAAUUAACCACACACACACACACACACACACACAUACAUACACACACAAAAACUUUCAAGAAGCUAUGUCACUUCUGUCUUUGAAUGUGAGCCAUGCGCACAUCUAUUUUGAAUUAUGUUACCCCCAAAAUUGGAAUAUCCCCCUCAGGAUGCAACAAGACGAUCGGGAACUUGAGCUCCAGACUAGUCUGAACUACUUGAGACUGUCUACAACAAGGAUGGGCAUAUUUUCAAUAUUCUACCUUAUUAAUGACAAAAUGUUUCAUAAGGUCUUUAUUCUGAAAUGUGAUAUUCCGAGAAGUACAUUGCUACAUAUGCAAAUCAAAACCAUUUAAUUUGAAAGAGAUCAAAAUUAAUAUACAAUUAAUGAUUUAAAUAGAAAAAAUCCAACACCAGCUUUUUCUAGAAGGCUCAGGGUCUCUAUUUUGACUGAAGAUAUGGGAGUUGUACCCAUAUAAUAAUUUUUUUCCAGUUGUAACCCUUUCUGCUAGCCUAGUCAUUCUUUAUCUUUGUAAAGUACACACAAGAUAUGCACAGGCUCAAAGGUUCUAAAAGUCAGUUUAAAAAGCAAGGUAAGUGCUUAUGGAAUAAAUGCUGACUGAUCCAACAAUGGUUUUGAUUUGCAUAUGUAGUAAUGUACUACAAACUCAUUUUAGUCUCCCAUAGUUGGGUAGAUUUUAGAAUGUGACCUGAGUCUGAGAGGAUGGAUGGACAUUUCUUUAAAAAGUAAAAUGACGUUAGUUGGGCAUGGUGGAACAUGCCUCUUAUGCCAGCAUUCAGAAGGCAGAGGCAGGCAGUGGGUCUCUGUUUGGGGAGGCCAGCUUGGUCUAUAGCAACUCCAGGCCAGCCAGCCAAGGAUGCGUAGUGAGACCCUGCCUCAAAAAUAAAUAGGUAGGCCUGGAGAGGUGGCUUAGCAGUUAAGAACAUUGACUGCUCUUCCAGAGAUCCUGAGUUCAAAUCCCAGCAACCACAUGGUGGCACGCAAACAUCUGUACUGAGAUCUGAUGUCCUCUUCUGAUGUCACUGAAGACAGUGACAGUGUAC